AUGAUUCCCUCCGACUUUGCCCUGAAGGUGGCUGUGAUGUCCGUUGUGCGCACCGUCUGCCUUGUGGCCAUGCCUGCGGCCAGAAAUGCCACUUGGAAGACCUUCACGAUGCCGGCCCUUGUCUUGAGCCUUGCCUCAAACCACGAGCUGGGUGUAACCAUUCAUGCCCCUCGCCAUGUGGCGAUCCCUGCCCCGUGA